ACCUCAUGGACGCGAUAUCUCUAGUGAACGCAUUCAACCGUAUGCUGGUGUCAAAUGUAUUAAUUGUCAGGAAGCAUCAUCGUUUAAACGCCAUUUCUUCGGGAAUGGUUAGAAAUGCUGUGAUCCUGACGGGUGUCGCAAUAGUAACUCUUUUCAUUACCGGGCAGCAGAUGGGGACGAUACAGUUCCGAAGCCAUCUCGGGGAUGUGUCAUCCAUUUCGAUAACGCUGAUGUACACCGUGAUUAUGAUUGUUCAGUUUCCAACGCUGGCCGUAGCAAUCUCCAAGAGGACCAAGCUGCACGAGCUUUGCAAACGUAUUAUUCGGAUGGACGAAGAGUUUCAGAAACAUUUCUUCCGGCCUAUUCCUCCCAACAGCAUCUGGUGGAUCAAGCUUCAACUAGUAAUCGCUUCGCUUAUUACGCUGUACUUGCUUUGUCGUUGUAUCCUACUUAAUCAUAUGUAUCCGGGCAAAACAGCUCUUACGGUAGCGGCACGCAUCCUGUUGCAGUUCAAUAUGGCUAUGCGGUUGAUAUUCGGGCAGCUGUUCGGCGAAAUACUGCUGUCACGAUUUCAACAUUUUCAACGAGUAGUCACGCUGCGGAAUCUUGGAUUCUUUGUGCAGUGCCUGGAUGAAAUCGACGAACUCAAAACGCUGCUGACGUCAAUUUUCGGGUUCCAGAUACUAAUCAACGUUUUCAGUAGCACACCAUACCAACCGGACGACCUCAUGGACGCGAUAUCUCUAGUGAACGCAUUCAACCGUAUGCUGGUGUCAAAUGUAUUAAUUGUCAGGAAGCAUCAUCGUUUAAACGCGAUUUCUUCGGGAAUGGUUAGAAAUGCUGUGAUCCUGACGGGUGUCGCAAUAGUAACUCUUUUCAUUACCGGGCAGCAGAUGGGGACGAUACAGUUCCGAAGCCAUCUCGGGGAUGUGUCAUCCAUUUCGAUAACGCUGAUGUACACCGUGAUUAUGAUUGUUCAGUUUCCAACGCUGGCCGUAGCAAUCUCCAAGAGGAACAAGCUGCACGAGCUUUGCAAACGUAUUAUUCGGAUGGACGAAGAGUUCCAGAAACAUUUCUUCCGGCCUAUUCCUCCCAACAGCUUCUGGUGGAUCAAGCUUCAACUAGUAAUCGCUUCGCUUAUUACGCUGUACUUGCUUUGUCAUUGUAUCCUACUUAGUCAUAUGUAUCCGGGCAAAACAGCUCUUACGGUAGCGGGCCGCAUCCUGUUGCAGUUCAAUAUGGCUAUGCGGUUGAUAUUCGGGCAGCUGUUCGGCGAAAUACUGCUGUCACGAUUUCAACAUUUUCAACGAGUAGUCACGCUGCGGAAUCUUGGAUUCUUUGUGCAGUGCCUGGAUGAAAUCGACGAACUCAAAACGCUGUUGACGUCAAUUUUCGGGUUCCAGAUACUAAUCAACGGUGCUAAUAUGUUUAUGACUUGCUCCGUAGUGAGCUACAACGUGUUGAUCACCGUGCAGAUCAAAGAAAAUCUGCUACAAGUGCUUUGGGAGAAGCUGGAUGUGUUGGCAGAUCUGUUCGGAAACAUGGUUAUAUUUUUCCUGUUCGGCUAUCGUUGUGGAUUGAUUGAAGUCAAGGAACAGGAAUUCAAAAAUGCAGUUAAAUCCCUUCAAUACACUGCCACCGAAGAACAUUCAGAAGAUUAUUUGAAUUUCUUAGAUCUGAUCAACCUAAAGCUGAUGGCAGAAUCACCCAAGAUCACCGCGUGUGGACUAUUCACCGUCAAUUUGCAAGUAUUCUACAACGUUUUCGCCGCCAUCGUCACCUACAUAAUGAUACUGUUUCAGUUUAGAGAUUUUGAAAAGGCGUAAACAAAAUUUCUGUGGACAUCAUUUCGUUGUUAAAUUAUGUAGAGAAUAAA